UAAUUGUUAUGCAACAACAACAAUCCUCACCUAAAAGGAUCGCUGAAAAAGUAUUUUGAUCUUCAAUUCAUCUUUAGAGAGGCUCUAUAAUUAAGCAACCCAAUGAUUCUCCAACCAUAAGUCCUUCCUAACUGAUUAAAAUGAAUUAAAUUGACACACAGAAUUAAAAUCCUUUAGAAAUUAAGAUGGUAUUGCUUUUGUCUAUAAUUGAAGUUCAAAGUAGAGAGAUAAAAUCCAAGAGUAGGUGAUUUGGUAGCCGAGGAUCAUGAAGCCGAUCUCACUUAUUUGGGGAAUAUUCCGAAAAAAUUAGAAUAAAAAUAAAAGGGAGAUUACUAAAAGGAAUAUUAAAUGGCUAAAGUCGAUUAGUAAAGGGAUUCCUACAGUCCAGACAAAUCUAUGACUAAUUCGUUAAUCAUAAGUGCUUAUCCGAGUAUCAUAAAGAACUUUUAGUUUUAAUAACAAUCUGACUUUCUUACUUCCCCUAUUUAAUAAUAAGGGAUAGUUCAAUGUGCAUUUUAGAUAAACAAAUCAGGAUUUAAUACUUUUAGACCAAAGUUCUACUUUCUGAAAGAUAAUUAAUGCUAUUUGGCAGCUAAAAAGGUUGGAAAUAAAUAUUUGAUUAGUGCAGAUAAAGAAAAUAUAGAAAGGAAAUCUCCACAAUUUGUAGGGCAGGUUAGUUGUAAGAAAAAUAACUAAUAUUACUUUUAUGAUACAGGAUUGAAUCCCAAAAGGAAGAAGGAGCCUUAUAGAAAAUGUCUGGGUGAGUUGUGCAUAUAUGCAAUUCCAAAAACCAAUGAGCCAAGAUAACAAUGCGUAUUGUAAUCAUAGUAAAAUUGUAGUUUAAAUUUCAAAAUGAUCCAAAUAAUGAAUAUCUUAAUCGAAAACCAAAAUGGGAUGCAAAACUUCAAACUUUUAUCCUCAAUUUCUAUGAAAGAGUUAAAAUUUCUUCAAUAAAGAAUUUUUAAAUGAUUCUGAAGGAUGAGAUGCCUGAAUAAAUAUAUCUAUAAUUCGGAAAGUGGGAUAAGCAUUAUUUUAAUUUGGACGUAGCAGCGCCUUUUAGUCCUUUGAUAGCAUUUAUGAUUGCAUUAAGCAAUUAUGAUCAAAAAUUACAGGUUUGAGU